CCGCCCAGAGACAAGAUGGCGGCUCCGGCGUCCUCGCGCGGACGUCGCGCCUGCCCUCACGGCCUGGAGGCCCGCCUCUUCCCGGAAGAAAGAUGGCCGCGGCCUAGCCGACUCUCUUUGGAGGCGUCACGGCGCUCGGCCGCCUUCGCUACUGGCCACGCCUGCAGGCCGUCCCGCGGUCGGGCCCAGGCGGCCAUGCCGUCCACACAGGCUCCAGGUUGCAGCCUGGCUCCUCGCAGCCUCUGGCUCCUGGGUGCCGUCCUGCUGGUUGGGGCGUCCGCCCGGCCUGCCAACCACUCGUCCACCCGGGACAGAGCAGGCCGCAGGGAGGACAGCGAGAUCCUGCCUCCGGACCACCUGAACGGGGUGAAGCUGGAGAUGGACGGCCACCUCAACAAGGACUUCCACCAGGAGGUCUUCCUGGGGAAGGACACGGACGGGUUCGAGGAGGACGCAGAGCCUCGGAGGAGCCGCAGGAAGCUGAUGGUCAUCUUCUCCAAGGUGGACGUGAACGCCGACCGGAGGAUCAGCGCCCAGGAGAUGCAGCGCUGGAUCGUGGAGAAGACGGCCGAGCACUUCCAGGAGGCCGUGGGCGAGAGCAGGGCGCACUUCCGCGCCGUGGACCCCGACGGUGACGGCCGAGUGUCCUGGGACGAGUACAAGGUGAAGUUCCUGGCCAGCAAAGGCCACAACGAGAGGGAAGUGGCCGAGAAGAUCAGGAACGACCAGGAGCUGAAGGUGGACGAGGAGACACAGGAAGUCCUGGAGAACCUCAAGGACCGCUGGUACCAGGCGGACAACCCGCCCCCGGACCUGCUGCUGACGGAGGAGGAGUUCCUGUCCUUCCUGCACCCUGAGCACAGCCGCGGCAUGCUCCGGUUCAUGGUCAAGGAGAUCGUCCGAGACCUGGACCAGGACGGCGACAAGCAGCUCUCGCUGCCCGAGUUCAUCUCCCUGCCGGUGGGCACCGUGGAGAACCAGCGGGGCCAGGACAUCGACGACAGCUGGGUGAGGGACCGCAGGAAGGAGUUCGAGGAGCUGAUCGACGCCAACCACGACGGGGUCGUGACCAUGGAGGAGCUGGAGGAGUACAUGGACCCCAUGAACGAGUACAAUGCCCUCACCGAGGCCAAGCAGAUGAUCGCCGUCGCCGACGAGAACCAGAACCGCCACCUGGAGCCCGAGGAGGUGCUCAAGUACAGCGAGUUCUUCACGGGCAGCAAGCUCAUGGACUACGCGCGCAACGUGCACGAGGAGUUCUGAGCCCGCCCGCCCGCCGCCGCCGCGCGGGGCGCCUGCAGGAGGCCCGCGUAAUCUCAGCAUCUGGCUUCUGAGAACUCGGAGGGAGGGGCCCCCGGGGCCCGACCACAUCAGGGCCUGCAGGCUCGUGAGCCGUGGGAAGCAGCGCGGCUCCCGGUUCCUUGACGUGAGGGCUGAGGCCCCGGCGGCCGUGCUCCGGCCGAGCCGCGGCGGCUGUCCCAGCGGCCGUCAGGGUGCGGUCUCUGGCGAAACCCGUACUUGUGGCAGGAAUCACGUUAACUUACUUUAAAAUAUAGUCGUCUCCUUCUCC